CUAUGACUUCUUCUUUUUCGGUAAGUGGAAACAGAGGCAGAGUGACACCUCCUCGCCGUUUCCUCCUCUCCGGCGAGUGGGAACCUGGCUACACCUGCCAGGUAACUUCUGAAGAAACCACUCGGGUCGUAGUCUCGCUCGUUUGAGACACAACUGACUUACGGAUGUUGUCGGUGAUGUGAGCGGAGUCCCGAACAGAGAAAUGAACAGAAAAGGACUUUUAGCAGCCGGAAGAAGAUUUGCUAACAGUCAGAAUCCUGACGGCACACAAGUUAUCAACUAAAAAGACAGGAAAUUAAAUCGCAAACAUGUCUGGCCUCAAUGGUUUAACCACAUAUUCAACUGAGGAUGAGGCACUUCCACCUGGAGAGCCACAAAUAGACGGAAGUAAAAAGCCAGAAGAGAGUGACAGCAUAAAGGAAACAUGGGAAGUUCUAGACGAGGAAGAGGAGGAGGAGGAGGAGGAGGAAGAAGAAGAAGAACUAGAGAACUCAAAGGAAGAAGAGGAGAAUGAAGAGGAAAUGACCACCUCUGCUCAUCUGGAGCCGGACACUCUGCCGUGGCCUGGAGACAAAGACAAGAGGCCUCAGACAGACAACGUCGAUGGAGUCUGGUCAGAAAAAGGAGUUUCUGAGCCCAAAGACGGGGACACAGAGCUCUACGGAGGAAGCCAGGACCUGUCAGAGGAGCAGAGCCAGGCGGAGAACGCCGGAAAGAGCAAGUGGAGGGAAAGCAUGCCCGAGGGCGACAGGUGGCGGGACGAUGAGAUCGAGCUGCAGCGGCACGAUAAGGGGGAUGGCUCACUGGCAGAUGAUGAAGAUGAGGGGGAGGAGGAGCAAGACAAAGAGUCAAAUUGGAUUUCAGAGAAAGCGGCUCUGGGUUUCACUCCACAAGUCACAAUAGUGCGCCCGUCCAGCAGAGAGCUUCCUGAGGAGAGCAGGUUGUUCAUAGAGAAGGACGUCGAGAAGGAGCCGCAGACGCAGCUCGACUCGGCGGCGCAGUUUGAUCCAGAGUGGACAGAACAGGACGACAAGUACUACCUGUGUGAGCGUCUGUGCGGCAGCAAGCUGAAGACGGCCCUGGCUACGGUGUCCGCUGGACUCCUCUUCCCUCUCCUGCUGUGGGGAGGUUACGCCCUCCUGCCCUUUGACCCACCUUACCUGGUGGGCGCCCCCCUCAGGGUGGUGUACACUCUACGCUGCGCCUUCUUCGCCAUCGUCCCCAUCCUGCUCGGUGUGGUGGUGCAGGGCGUGGCCCGGCUCCGCUACAGCGCCCUGAAGCCCCUCUACCAGAGCAAACUGGUGAACAGAGAAGUGGCGGUGCACUGGCACUACGUCAACGAGUCCCUGGCCCUCUUCCUCUUCUUCUUCCUGCAACUUGCUGUCAUGGCAACUUACAUCAGCCAGGACCUGCUCAAACUGGUGCCGCUGCUCACCAUCAUAUUUGUUUUUGGCAGGCUGAUCUACUGGCUCUGCCUCUCUCUGGGCAGCAGCAUCAGGGCACUGGGCUUCGGCUUGUCAUUCUUUCCCAUACUGGUCAUGCUGGGCACCAACCUCUACUUUGUCGGCGCUUCAGUCGGACAAGAGGCGGUUUUCGACGUGGAACCUCCGACGACAGCUCCUCCUCCCAGUCUGCGCUGGUGGGGUUGAAGGCCGCCGUCCAAAAAGGCGAUGAGGAGUUAAGAGACAUUAAGUGUUUUAAUGUGACAACGCAACAUUCAGACAACUUGACUCGUUCCUUUGGUGUCCUACAAAGUUGUAAUCCCUCAGAUAUCAGUCCUGGUUGAUUCACCUGUGAUUACCACGGUAACAGCAAGUGCAGUUGCAACAGCUCUCCGUGAACAGCUAUUAUUAAAUUAAUAAGGAUACUGUCAACAUCUUCCAAAAGUGACCUUUUUGUUUUGUACAUGAUUUUUGUAAUGAAAAAAAAACACUGAUUCUCCAGUUGGAUGCUUUUAAUGUUAAGCAGCAGUCGAACAUGUUCUACUCGUAUCAGCAGUAACAGUGAAGGCUUAUAAAGGCCUAUGGGAAAGGCAGACCACGU